AUGUCCACUGUGCCCAUUCCAGUACAACUCGCACCACCGUCUGGAUCACCGCCAUCGUCAUCAUCAUCACUAUGGGACCGUGUAAGCACUUGGGCAACUGAAAACAAGGCCAUAGUUUACACCAUAGCUGGCACGGUUGUGGUUAUCACCGGAGCUGGAAUUGUAUAUUAUCUUUCAGACUCGAGAAAGAACAUCAAAGGCGCAUCCAUUUCAGACGAGAAACGAAAGAGCAAGAAAGAACGACGGAAAGAGAAAAAAGCAGCAGAGGAUGGCAAGAGUGCAUCUCCUAGUAUCAAAGAUGAAGAAGCUGGGACAGCGAUGCCAGCUCCAAAGGCAGCCUCAGUAGAAGCGGAAGACGACCUCCCACAGAUAGACGAGACGACGGUCGAUAGCUUCUCCCAAGAGGAUCGCAAAUCAUAUGCGGCAAAAUUGAAGGCUGCAGGCAACAAGGCCUAUGGAUCGAAAGAUUACAACAAAGCAAUUGAACUAUAUGGCAAAGCGAUCCUCUGCAAGCCUGACCCCGUCUACUACUCUAAUAGAGCGGCCUGCUACAACGUCCUCAGUGACUGGGAUAAGGUGGUCGAAGAUACGAGUGCUGCCAUUGCGAUGGAUGCAGAAUAUGUGAAAGCAUUGAACAGGCGAGCGCAUGCUUACGAGCACCUCGGCAUGUAUAGUGAAGCAUUACUCGACUAUACGGCCAGCUGCAUCAUCGAUGGCUUCAAAAACGAACAAAGCGCACAGAGUGUUGAACGGCUGCUGAAAAAGGUCGCCGAGAAGAAAGGAAAGGCUAUCCUAGAGGCAAAGGGCAGAAAGCUACCCAGUCCUACAUUCGUGACCAAUUACCUACAAAGCUUCCGUCCUCAACCUCCUCCUGCUGGGCUGGAAGAGUCUGUUCAGUUGGAUGAGAAUACUGGACUAGGGCAGCUACAGAGGGGUCUUAUUGCAUUGGAUAAGAAAACCGGUGAAGGCUACGAGGAGGCAGCGAAAUCAUUCGAAAAAGCGAUUGAGCUCAAUGAUCUCGGUCAACAUGAAGCUUUUGGACUCAACAUGCGCGCUACUUUCAGAUAUCUAGAAGGCGACACCACGCAGGCUCUGGAGGACUUAACCAAGAGCGUUACUCUGAAACCCUCGCUCACCCAAAGCCUCAUCAAAAGAGCGAGCAUGCAUCUGGAGAUGAGCAAUCGGGAGGCAGCGGCAGACGACUUUGAGCAGGCAACAGCUCAAAACAAAGACGAUCCCGACAUCUUCUACCAUCGAGCUCAGCUGCACUUCAUUCUAGGCGAAUUCCCGGAAGCAGCCAAGGAUUAUCAAAAAUCAAUCGAUCUAGACCCAGCCUUCAUCUUCUCCCACAUUCAGCUUGGUGUGACACAGUAUAAGAUGGGCUCGGUGGCUUCUUCCAUGGCAACCUUUCGAAGAACGAUCAAGAAGUUCGACAAAACUCCUGACGUGUACAAUUACUAUGGAGAGCUUCUACUUGACCAGCAGAAGUACCAAGAGGCAAUUGAAAAAUUCGAAACUGCAGUGGACAUGGAGAAGCAGAGCAAGCCAAUGAGCAUGAACGUUUUGCCACUGAUCAACAAGGCUCUAGCCUUGUUUCAAUGGAAACAAGACUUUCAGGAGGCGGAGAGCUUGUGCCAGAAAGCACUGAUCAUUGACCCUGAGUGUGACAUUGCUGUUGCUACUAUGGCCCAGCUGCUGUUACAACAAGGCAAGGUCACCGAUGCACUUAAAUACUUCGAGAGGGCUGCUGAGCUGUCCAGAACGGAAGGAGAGAUUGUGAACGCUCUGUCCUAUGCAGAGGCCACGCGCACCCAGCUAGAGGUGUCGGAGAAAUAUCCUCAACUGUCUCAACGACUACAGCAAAUGGGCACCGCUGGACCCGGGAUGCCAAUGAGAUGA